AAACAUAAAACCCAGACAAUUUCAUUGGGCAUUUCUCGAUUCUUCAGUAGUUUUCUUGAGACUGAAUUCUUGAUCCUCAAAUUCGGGCCGGUCGGAUUCUUUCUCCGCAGUGCUGUUGUGUAAUGUGAUUCUUGCAAAGUGUGUGGAAAAGCUUCCCCCCUUUUUUUUCUUGUAUAUAUUCUUCCCCAAAAAGGCUAUCUUUUUCUUCAUAUAGUAUGCCGGAGUUGGGGAGGGUUAACAUUGCAUCAGAAUAUGAAGAAGAAAGUGAAUGAAUCAUCAAAGCCCAAAGAAAGGCAUAUUGUUUCUUGGUCUCAAGAGGAAGAUGAUAUACUGAGAGAGCAUAUUCGAGCACAUGGAACUGAUAAUUGGACUAUCUUAGCAUCAAAGUUUAAGGAUAAAACCACCAGGCAAUGCAGAAGAAGAUGGUACACUUAUUUGAACUCUGAUUUCAAAAGGGGAGGAUGGUCACCCGAAGAAGAUGUGCUCUUAUGUGAGGCUCAGAGGAUCUUUGGCAACAGAUGGACUGAAAUUGCAAAGGUGGUAUCAGGCAGAACCGACAAUGCGGUGAAGAACCGGUUCAAUACCCUCUGCAAAAAGAGAGCAAAGCAUGAGGCCUUAGAAAAAGAAAACAGUAACUCUUCGUCCGUUGAAGUAAGCAAAAGAGGGGAUGUUUUACGUUGUUCGCUCAAUGAUGAUACCACUUCAGACACUACAUUAUGCAUCAAGAAGCAGAGGAGGAGUCACAUUCCGGACACCCCGGAUAUUUUGACCGAUGACAGAAAACCGGUUUUGAGUUGUGAUGCAACGAAUCAGCAGCAGCUAAGAUCUCCUCCAUUCACUUUACUAACUCAAAACCUGCCUACUCUUGGGAGAAACUCAUCCAGUCAUGGAAGUGAUGAAGACAUGAAGGAUGCACAUGCCAAUGGUCUUAGACAUAAAACCGAGGGAGCAUUCCUCAAGAAAGAUGAUCCGAUGAUAGCGGCAUUAGUGCAACCAGCAGAACUGCUCAACUCCAAGGCACUGAAAGCCAAUUCUUGUGAAAGCACAGUCCAGAAGAGCCUAGAAACUGCUUCUUGUGAGGUCAGCAUCUUGUUCUGCAGCCAACCUGGUUUAUCUCAAGACUCUGCAGGAGCAGGCAAUGCUGAGUAUAGUACUGGUUCGACUUCAAACCACAUUUGUGAUCAAACUGCUUUUGAUGAAUACGAAAAUCGAGUCGAUGGUGUUUUAUGUGAGUAUCCUAACGAGGAAUGCAAAUCACCUCUUGAAGUAGCUCCCGUGUUCAGAUCACUAGCUGCAGCUAUUCCCAGUCCAAAAUUCUCCGAAAGUGAGAGACAAUUCCUACUAAAAACACUUGGAAUGGAAUCUGCAUCUCCAAAUCCAAGCAUCACCUCCUCUCAUCCUCCAUUGUGCAAGAGAGCCCUUAUCCACAGUCUAUGAAUGACUCUUCUCUUCAUCCAAAGUUUCAGAAUUUCUUUCACCCAUUUGUCGAGUGUUUGUUUCUGUUGGGAUCACAGGAGAAUGCCAAGUGGAUAUGGCAUUCUUUUUUGUCACAUUCUUUUUUCUUUUUCUUGUGUUACAUGAGACUUGGAUAUGGCAUCCAUUGUCUCCCCGCAGAUCUUUUUUCUUCUGCGGGCAUUAUUUUGAGUGAAUAGGAUCGAGAACCAGGUUGCGUUGAAGUUUGUGUGAAUUCUUGGAACAAACACCAAUAGUAUCCUCGCAAACGUCAACGCACUCCCAUUGUACAGAACAUACAAUGUAGUUAGAGAUUGGCANUUACCCCCCCCCCCCCAUCAUCUCUAUAUAUAUAGAAAUCUUAGGGAGAGAAUACAUAUAUAGAAGAUAGAAUAGAGGAUCAACUACUUGAGAAUGACCUCAAACUCCUUGGUGUUAUAUUUGUUUUUUUUGUGUGCAGAGUUUUUAGAUAUAUAAUAAGCGUCACUCAAAAUAAUUGUCUAACUUUUUUACUAAUAAAAGAAAAAGCAUCUCUUUUGAUGACAAUGAGUCAAUGAGAGAUGAAUAGAUGAUAUGAUGGCUCUUUAUAUACUUCCCCCGUCCUACUAUAUUUGUCCACUUUCAUUUUUGCACACCAUCCAAUACACUUCUUUAAUCCAUUUUAUCUUGUAAUUUGUAUAUUAAAAAAUUAUAGAAAUUAUAUAUUAAUAAUCUAUAUGUUAAGACAAAUCAAACAAGAUCACGCAU